AAUCAAAGGUGUUACUGUGUUGAAAGGUUAAAUACAAGGUCUGUGUGACCUUGGGGAAGUUAUCUAACUUCUGUUUCCAAAUCGCUACCAAGAGUCUUAAUAUCUACUUGAGGAUUAAUUCUGAGAAUUAAAUGAAAUAAUACGUCACAGUCCCUACCGUACAGGAGAUACCCAAUAAAAGUUGGUUUCCCUAUACCAUCACACAAAAUACCCACACUACAAAACUAAACAAAUGAAACGCUAGGUCAUAACGUUAAUGCACACCAAGUUUCUGGGCCCGCCUUCUCAAGCUCCUCUUUGAACCUAAACGGAAAUGAAUGAAUGCAAUGGAAAAAGGAAGUUGUGGGACAUGCAUUUAUCUCGAGUUGUGCUGCGCGCAAAGUUACUUGGUUAGCCGCCUGGAACUUGGAAAAGAAUCUUUGCUUAGUUUACAGGCUCAAACCGAGGCCCGCCCACUCUCUCCCAGAUGCUGGGGACCUACCCAGGGAAGGACCACUCCAUUCUUCUUGUAGUGCGGCUGCGCAGCGGAGAUCAAUGUCCCUUCACCGCCGCCGUAGGACGAGAGGCCCAGCAGCGCGUCCUAUUGGCUGGACGUUUUUGACGCCAAAGCGCAAAGCAGAAGCUAAAGGCGGGAAUCAGGAGCUGUGGGACCCGGAACGACGACCAGAGGGCAGCGGCUGUGAGCCCGUUGGCCGCUUGCCGUGAGAGCGGGUCGUUGACAAGGUUGCGGGACCGGGACUCGUCCGCCAUGUUUUGCGAAAAGGCCCUGGAGCUGGUCCGCGAGCUGCACCGCGCGCCAGAAGGGCAGCUGCCAGCUUUCAAUGAGGAUGGACUCAGGCAAGUUCUGGAGGAGAUGAAAGCUUUAUAUGAACAAAACCAGUCUGAUGUGAAUGAAGCAAAGUCAGGUGGACGAAGUGAUUUGAUACCAACCAUCAAAUUUCGACACUGUUCAUUGUUAAGAAAUCGACGCUGCAUUGUAGCAUGCCUGUAUGACCGAUUGCUUCGGAUUAGAGCACUCAGGUGGGAAUAUGGCAGUGUUUUGCCAAAUGCCUUACGAUUUCACAUGUCUGCUGAAGAAGUAAACUGUAGUUUUUCCUUUCAGGUGCGAUGUCUAAAAGACUAUGGAGAAUUUGAAGUUGAUGAUGGUACUUCAGUCCUAUUAAAAAAAAAUAGCCAGCACUUUCUACCUCGGUGGAAGUGUGAGCAGCUAAUUAGACAAGGCAUUCUGGAGCACGUCCUGUCAUGACCUCGCACUGAGGCACUGCCAGGCUUCCGUGUUGGAACUCUGAACCCAUCCACAGAAACUUCUACACUUCCUUUUCCACCCCCCCCACCUCUUUGGUUUUAAAAGUUACAUUCUAUAAUAUAACCCAGAAUAUUUGGCUAAGUAGUAUGGCAUGUUUUUCUGUUGUACAGGAUUCCUCUUUUUGUAAUAUGUAUUUAUAAUCAUAACAUUCCUAAGUUACUGCAAUGUGUAUGUAUGCGUUUUUUUAAAAAAAGUAAACAUUUAUUACAAUUUGAAUCUUUUAAACAGUAAGAGAGUUUCGCUUGGCUGUUUAGGGAGAAAGUAGGUCCCUGUACAUCUUGUGUUGUUUCUGGUGCUGUGCAUUGCAUAAGUCAAGGAGCUGACUUUCUGGAAUAUGUAUUUCCAAAUCACAUGGGCACAUGGAGAUGAUGGUCUAUAAAAUUUUUCAGUAUAUGUAAUGUUUAAUGAUAAUUGUCUGGCUAUUUGGGAAGGAAAAAACGGACACAGUGGAUUUGCCCAUUUCCAACAGUGGUGGCUGGUCUGGCUCAUGUCUAUCUGAGCUUGUGGGGUGAGCACCAGUAUCACCACUUUGGAAAGGGAAAUAGAAAUUAGGGCUAGAAAAGAAA